UAAUUAUAAGUAUGACAGCGUCGUAACUCAAAGCUUCGUAUAAAGACAAUGCAACUGCGUGGGAUAAAAUAUUUCAAUGAUGUUUUCUGUGUUGGACUUACGUUCUAUACCAUUACAGAAGGUGAUGCAGUUCAUCAAAUUAAACGUUUUGAUUCUAUUUCUAUUGUUAUCAAGUGUUUCCAGUGAGCAAAAGGAAGAGUGGAGGGAAAUAAGUGUACUUUCAAAGACAGCAAUAUGGUCUGCGUCCAGGGCAGCGGGCCAUCUUGGUGUUAAAUACAUAAGCAUGUUGAAAGCAUAUGAAAAAAUAGAUACAGACAUACACACAUACUCCUAUUGGGUAUUCUUUAUGGCAGAGUCUAUAGAAGGAGAGCCUCAAGAAUGUCAGGGAAAAGUUUGGUGGUCAACUGAAGGUGGAGUGGAAGUUACCAGUGCAAGUUGCGACCCUGUUGCAUAUUAAACAUAUGUAAAUUGUUAUGUCAACACGACAGGGCAAUCAAAUGAUGACAUUGUUAUUGCAAAAGGAAUUUUAAAACAUAUCUCUGAAAUCAUAGUUGAAAAGCAAUAUUUGUAAAUUGAUUAAUCAUAAUAAAUAUUCAGAAUUG